UUCAAAUUCAAUCGAAUAAGAAACACGUCUGAAGUUAGACAAUGAAUAUGGAAUGAAGUUUGGAAAGAGGUUAAACUUCGCGCGUAUACAAGAAGUUCCAAAUGUUUUAAUACAGAAUACAAAGUAAUAAAUUCAUUCAAAUAAUUCGUUAAUGUGAAACUAUGUUGUGAAAUGAACAUGCAUGCACGAAAGGUGGUUGUGUCUGCUAAGUAGAAUCACGUGUUCCACGGAAAGAAGAGAAGAAAUCACUAAAAAUGAUUAUGAGAAAAAAGAUUUGGCCCCGUACUUUGAGUGAUUUCCUUUCAAUGACUUUUAUAGUAACCAUUGUACCUCUGAUAUAUUGGUUUGAAUUAUGGGUGGUUUUACCGGCUGUAUACGGAUUUGGAUCAUUACCGUACACACUAAAUUUUCUCCUUGGAAAUUUCAUCAUGUUGAACAUAGUUGGAAAUUUCACAUAUGUAGUCUUUUGCGAUACAAGUACAAGGAGAGAUAUUAUGCCAAUAAGUGCUGCAAAUACUAAAAAUGGUUGGAGACUGUGCGCUUCGUGUGAAACACUUGCACCUCCACGUUCAUGGCACUGCCCAAUAUGUAACAUUUGUAUUUUAAAGAGGGAUCAUCAUUGCAUUUUUACUGGAUGUUGUAUUGGUCAUUAUAACCAUCGAUACUUUGUCAUGUUUCUUUUUUACUUAUUUGUAGCAACAACAUAUGGUUUUUGUUUUAAUAAUGUUUUUAUUUGGAGUAGGAUACAUUUUGAGUUUCCCAUGUCAAUCAUAAAAAUUGUUUUUCCGUUAGCAAUUUUCGUGUUUGGCUUUGAUGGCUCUAUAGAUCAAUUUUACUUAAUGUUAUAUAUUGUAUCUACUGUAGGAAUGUUGUAUACCGGUAUUUUAUGCAUUUAUCACUUUCGUUUAAUCCUAAAUGGUAGCGUAGCUAAUGAAAGCAACAAAAAUAUUCAUAUUUACAAUUUAGGUUCAAAACAAAAUAUAAAAGAAGUAUUAGGUGAACGAUGGUAUCUCACAUGGAUACUUCCUUAUAUAACAUCCCAAUUACCACAUAACGGUAUAAUAUGGGAUACAUUAAAUUCAUGGCAAUGCUCAAAUCCUAAGAGUAAAUAAGUAUUAAUUGUGUAUUUAUAAAUGUAUACAUACAAAUCUAAAAUAAAUGACUACAUUUUUAAAAUGAUAUAAAAACAAAUGCAACAUUUGUUAAAGUUACUAAUCUUUAUUAUGUGUUUACAAUUUAAACAUGUAUCAUUGACAGAAAUUAAGACACAUACAAAUUAUUAUCAUUGUAUCAUGAUCAUUUUUAUUUACAAAAUUGUGAAUUUAGAUGUACAUACAUUAAGUCAUUUAUAUAUCUUCACUAAACAAAUUAAUAGAUGUUAAUGAAUAAUGUAAUGGAUACGCAUUUAAUGUAGGAGUAAAUGAGUUUAAUUUCAAUAUUUACAUGUAAUAAAAGUCUGGCAACAUUUCUGUAAAUCUUCAUACUUAUGAAAAUUGGAAGUUAUUUAAAUAAAUGACAAUAUAAUUGUACAUUGACAAGACUAGUUUGAAAAUAUAUGUAUUACUCCAUAUGUUGUGUAAUAAAUCUAACUAUCAGUUACUAAAUAGCUUCUACUUUAACAUAAAAAUGUUUAAUAUCCUAUAUCUAUAUCAAAAUUUCAAGCAAAUAUAUUUGUGAUUAAGUAAUAAACUGCUAUAAAAAAAACAUAUUUUAUUACAAAAAAUCAUAUAAAAUUUUGUUAUUGAAUGUAAAAACUGUCAUGUUUUUCAUGUUAGUAACUUCAAAUAUACAGUAUUGUAUCAAAGAAUAAAUAUAUGUAUAUAUAUGUAUAUAACUAAGAUUUAUGUGUCAUAAUUUUAGUCAACAGUAUGUGGAAACACAAUCAAAACAUUGCACUGUUAAACAUUACAUUCUUAUGAAAAACAAUAUGACAAAAAUAAUAAAAUAUGUACAAUAUAUAAACAUAACUACAUUUCAAUCAUUUUUCUAUUCGCUUUCUCACUUAUUUUUUAAUUUUACAAAUUUUAAUGAUGAAAAAUAAAAGUCAUACUCUACCAAGCAAGUUGACAUAAGUUUUCUUUUUGUAAGUUCUUUUAACAGCAAAUUUUACACAGACUAAUAUAAGUAUGACAGUAGAUGUAGCAUAUAAAACAACGCAAAUACUUAUAUCAAAAAUUGUAAAAUCCCAACCAAGCUUUUUGCUGUUCACAUAUUUAUUCAAUACUAGUCUCUCUUGUCUUAUUUUCAUUUUCUCAUUAUUAUCUUUACGUUUGUCAAUUGAACCAUAAUAAUUUAUUCCUUUGUAACUAUAUUUUGUCUUAAGAUAAUGUAAAAUAUUUUCCUCAUUCCAAGUACCAUUUUCAUAUUUACAAUUUGCACAAUGUUCUGCUGCAGGAUACUGAAUCUUCUUAUAUUUCGGAUCUUCUGUACUAUCGCCCGACAAUCUUGCAUUUACUUCGUUGUGAGCUGACCAUAACCAUAGAAUACUAUCAUUAACAUUCGACACCUCAAAUAUUUUAUUUUUUGCAGCCAUUUUUACAAAAUGCUCAGAACAAUCAGCACAUCCAAAGAAAUGUUUUAUAUACCCAUGCAUAGUUUCCAAUAUCUUUCGUGGCUCGUGUUUAGAAUCUUUGUGUUCAAUGGCAAAAUUAACUGUUAACAUAUGAAACAUUGUCCAAAGACCACAAGAAUAACCACGGUAUCCUUCUUUGCUUCCUUUACAUCCAAUCCACUGUGGAGGUCCAGAAUAUAUGGGCAACAUUUCUUCUUCUGUAGAUUUAAUUAUUUGACUAUAUUUUUCUCCUGAUAUAUCAUUCCUCUUUUUAAUAAUAUCACGAAUAGUUUCUAAGAAGAUAUUUCCAUGUCUUAGAGGAAAAUAAUCAGCUAACACAUCUAAAUAGUUUUUUAGCGCAUCCAUCUUUUCUCCAUUUAUUACUUUAUGUAGCGGAAUUUCAUGACUGAUGGAAUAUUUCAAAGUAUUCUCUAAAUCCAAUUGAUAUAAGUAAUCAUCAUUUAUUUCUAUAUCUUUUGAUUUUUCUGUUCCCUGCAGUUGCUUUGAAGUCUGGGUACUUGAUUUGUGACUUGUUUCUAUAGAACGAUUCUUUGUAAAACUUUGUUCAUUAAUAUUUUCACCUUUCGAAAUCAUGUAUUGCAUAAUAGUGCCAUAAGUGCCUUCUCUAGUAGGUAUUCUGAUUUUAAGAGAUUUUUGUGUGUCAUUACGAGUAAAAACUAUAAGACUUGGAAAAUUAGUAAUCUUAUUUGUCUCGCAUAAUAAUUCAUUUUCAGAUGUUACUCUCCUUAUUUGUAAUGUUGGAAUUUUGUGCAUGUCUAAUAUAACUUCAGCUCCUAAGUGCGAGUCCGUUUUUUCAAACAAUAAAAAAAAAUACUUUACAGUAUUUGGUACACCUUUCCAAAUACUUGUAGUAUCGUAAUUCCUAUGAGAUUUGAGAAAGAAUGAAUUAAUGUUAAAAAUAUAAAUGUAUAUUAGAUAAAUAUCUAUAAUAACAUACCUGUAUGGUGUUAUAUUAGGCCAUGAAACACCACGACCUUCUUGUUGUUCAUUUUCUAAUAAAUUAAUUAAACUAUAUCUAAGCUCAUUGAUACUAUCAUACUCUUCCAUUGCUAAUCCCAUUGAUGAUGUAUGUGCAUUUACAGAAAAAUAUUUAAGCAUUGGAUAAUGCAUAAUUUCAUAUUCACGACAGAUUGGAUUGUUAUCAUCAUCCGCACAAUCUAUUGCAGCGAUUGCUACUAUAUCUUUCCAUCCUACAAAGAAUGACUAAAAUGAAAUGUUUAUAAGGUAUGUUUAAUUUAAUAGAAACUGUACUUUAAUAAAUCUUAUAAAUUUAAAACAUGAUUCGUUUAGUCCAUAACAUAUAAAAAUAAUGUAAACAUAGUUUAAAACUAAAUUAAGUUAGAAUAAAACAUUCAAAUAUACUGUGUAAUCAUAGAUACUUAUCUAAAAACUAUUUAUUUAAUAAUCUCUGUGUAGAAUCAUAUAAUUUUUGUUUACUAUUUAAACAUGCAUAGGAUUGAUGAAAACAAAAGAAAAUUGAGAAACAUCUUAUAAUUGAAAUAUAGAAAAUUUAUAAAAAUUGUCAUUUUUGCAGACUAUUUUAUAAAAUUAGAAAGUAAAGAAAACUUAAAGGAUGAAUUAGGGUGAAAAAAAUACUAAUUCUAUUAAAUUUUAAUAAAGCAUUGUUUCAUAACUGCCAAAACUGUAUAAAUUUGCAAUUUUACUUAAGAUAAUUAUAUUAUAUAAAGAAAAUCAAUUAAUAAAUAUGAAAAGUAACCUUUUACAGUAAUAUAUACAGAUAUUUUUUUAGAAUUUCUUAAAAUAUUUAAUAUUAGAUACUUUAUAAACGUAUGCUUCGAAACAACUAGAAUAUUUACCGUAAACAUCUUUAGCAAAAGCUUUCCACAGAGGUGCAAAUCGAAAACAAAAGCCGCACCAACUAUUGUAAAAUUCGACUAACCAUCCUUUAGUGUCUUCAUAAACAGAUGACUUAAAAUUAGUCACAUUUAAGAUAACUACAUUAUCACUGGCAUUGUAUAAUCCUUGUGUAGGUAUUUGACUUUGAUAAGGUUCUUUAGGUGCAGCUGCAUUACAAUUCACGGUUACUAUACUAAUUAAACAUAUUUUCAAUAACAAACCGACGUCAAAGUAUUCCAUGUUUUCUAAUCUUUUAAUCACACAUAUGGUGUUGCAGGACCCACAAUAAUAAGUCUGGAUUUCUAUGAAAGCGUUUUAAUAAAGAUUAAGUUUACUUUCAUGAAGAGUUCGAUUUAUUGUAAAAACGAGCAAAAUAUAUUUUUUAAAUAUAAUGUAUCAAAUAUACUAUAAAAAUUAUUUUUAAGUAAUAUUAACUGUCUUCACAAAUAACUGAAAUAAUCAACUGAAUGGUCAUAAAUAUAUGAGAUAACAUUUAAGAAUACUUCAUGUUUUACAUACUACCGAUAGCAGACAAAUUUGAAUUUAAAACAUUUUUAAUGCACGCCUUAAGAAUAUUUGUAUUAAAAAAUUAAUUUUGUUGCUUCAUAAUUAAAAGACUAAAAAAUGUACUCGCAUACGAAAUAUUUGUUAAUUAUGAGAAAAAUAUUCAGUUCGCAAUAUUCAAAUUUCUACCAUUACGAAAAUAAAUUUCAAAUAAUUAAUCAUUUAUAUUAAAAACACUGUUUAUUAGCUGUUUCAAUAUGAAUUAUCGCUGCUUAUUCCUAUACAAAAUGAAAACAAUCAGACAUCAUUCUUAAAGGAUGUAGGAGGUUUUGGGAUGGUGGAGGGAAUAGGGGCGAAGGUGUAUACGUUUAUUUAUUUCAUGAACACCUAAUUACGAAUAUACCAUGUAACCAAACCAACUGAUAAAGAAUAUGAUCGGUAUAAACCUUGGAGCACCUUACGCUCUUCCCUACUUAUAAAAGAUUUCGAUGCUUCUUGAACAUUUUCUGAAACGUUCGGCCAGUUUCACCCCCAACCACUGGCUUGUCCCAGGUCGGGGGCCUGACGAUCAACGAUUUCUUACUGUCUUGAGGCUUGCUUUUUAUAGAGUGCUUGCAGUUCUUCUAGGCUUGAGACUUCUCAGCCGGAAAUGAAUGUGAUUUGGAUCAUAUUCUUUGUCACAAGCGCGAAAAACCUUUGGAUCUUCGAAAUUCGAGCAAGACAAACAUCUUCAGAUAUCUUGUCUUCGACUUUUCAAAACUUUCAUUUUUUCAGAGUGAAACUUCAAACUUCCCUCUAUCAUCCAAUACCUCUUGAUUCAAAACCUUAUAAACAAACAAACAGGUUAGAGAACUUACUUCUAUUUUUAAUUUUAUUUUUGUUUUUUUGUUUCGUUCUUUUCUGUGUGUAAUGUGUUUCAUUUUCUUUUUCUUUAUAUAUAUACAUGUAUAUAUAUAUAUAUACAUAGAUAUAUAUAUAUAUAUAGAUAUAUUUUCUUUUUGCUUUUUAUAUAUAAACAUUAAGGAAUACCACAUUUUUCAGAUUCAUACCACUUUCUGUCAGUGGCAUUUAAUGUCCAAAUGGCUGGAAUACAACUUUCAAGUAAAUAAUCAAAUUCUCAAAGAAAAAUAGAAACUCAAUUAUAUUCCAACCUUCACAUUUAUAGUCAUUAUGAUUACAAUAACGUAAACCUUAUCUUCAUAAAACUGUUAGGAAAUGGUAGAAAUAUUAUGAAAAUAAGGUUUUUCGUGUCCAUUCUAACCUUACUGUUUUCAUGUAAAGAAUAUGCUACACUCCUUUGCAUAUUAUCAAGUUAUCUCAUUAAUUGAUAUUGUACAAUAUCGUAAUUUAAAUGCCAUAUAUUAAUUGCAUAUGAUGCAGAAUUAGGUAAGGUAAGAACAGUAGUGAGAAUGUAGUUUUUGCAUUUUUUGACCCAGUACAGUAUUGUUAGAAGAAAUUUGAGGUCAAAGGGUCAAGUCACACAAAUGGUCUCCCAAACACCUGGCCUCUCGCAUCACACUCGUGUCACUUAAUACCGACCUGAAAUUCAUUAAGCAACAAAAACUAUGAUUGUUUGACCCAGGUUAUGGGUUACACUUAGUUACUACCGUACGAUUUAUUGGAUGCAUUCCUUGAUGCUCCUGUCUUCCAUUCUUGCUAAUUUAACUACUUAUUUGUACUUAAACAUCUUGUCUGAACUAAAUAUAAGCGGUCUACGAAAAUAUGAAUCUAAAUUAAGAACUUCUGUUAUAAACGUCUGAUCGCGAACUUACGAAUAUUAACAUAAUAAUACUUUAAAAUCACAAGAAAUACUGUUUCGUGUGUUACAAAUCUGUACAUUCAAUUGUUCGUGCCGUGUGAGUAUAAUGACAUGUAAUGUCUCCUGCUUUAUAUUUUCUUAUAUGUUAACAUUCAUGUAUGUCAUGUAUUAAGGAUGAUAUGUUUUUAUGAAGAAAUACAAUUUCAAGAAUUUCUUUUUAGUUCAAACAUAAGAAUACUUAUUUUUAAAAGCAACCGACUGUAAAAUACGUAUAUCUAAUGAAAAUAAAAAGUUACUUUAUACAAUAUUAAAAGUCCUUUUUCAAAUUUUACACGUAUUAAAAGACUGUUAUAGGUAUUAAUAAAAUAGUUAAUAAUGCAUAUAGGUUUAUAUGUAACAGUCGUUAAAUCUUUAUAAGGUUCUAAUGAUCACACUUACAAUUAAGUUAUAUUAUUACAUGUAAUUUAACAUGCAUUCGUGUAUUACUUCUGAAAUGCAAUAUUAAAUAAAAUAAUCGAAAAUUAAAAUUUGUACGCAUGGUUGGUAUUGUAAGUUUUGGCGAAUUAUACAAUAUCAAAUCAAUGAGUUUUUAGUAUUGUAUUUUUCUAAAUGAGGAGAGUUAAUUGUAUGAUUUGAAAUAUAAAUGUUAUUUCAAAGGAGACACAUAUCCAUGUAGACUGCUUAUAUUAGAUGAUGCAAAUGACAAAAAGUAAACUUACGUGGUGAGUAGGAACGCGAUCUGGAUCUGUCAUAGCGUGAACGUCGGCGACUGUAGUACGGACUUGGCGAACGUCUAUAACUUCCUCUGUAACUGCUGCUUUUCCAAAGUCAAUAGCAUAAGUAUUUUUUUCUAAAUUUUUUAUCAAUUGUACUGUAAUAUACUGAGAUAAGGUAAACUUACUCUCUACGUCUAGGUCCAUCCCAACCUCUGUCAUGGAGAUGUGUAGGUUUUCCCAUAUAAAUUCCAGGAGUGGGUGUGUGAGCUCUCUGCGUGAUUGAAAAAUCUACUCUUAUUCUUCUGCCAUCAAUUUCCAUUCCUGUGCACUGUUCUUUGGCUACUUUCGCAUCUUCAGAUGAUUCAAAAUAUACAAAGCAGAAUCCUCUAGAUCGUCCAGUCUAAACAAAAAAAAUCAUAUUUUCAAACUGACUGCAAAAGUUACUCUAUUCUUUACAUUAACAAAAUUGAAAGUACAUGUAACCAGAGGCCUUUAACAUUUCAUAUAAACUUAAUGCAUGAAUGUUCUAAAUCUCUGGCACUAUUUACUAUUCCCCUUAAUAAAAAAUUAGAGGGUUGUAUGCUGACUUAAUGUUAGUCUUGCCGCGUUAAAUAAAUUUAAAUAAUGUAAACACAUUAUACUAAUGUUUAUUAUACGUUAUUGCUUAGGUACCUUUGCAUCGAUUACAACUUGCACUCGUUCAACAGGUCCAUAUUUUGAAAAGAUGUGAUGAAUUUGUUGUUCAGUUGUGAAAAUAGAAAGUCCAAAUACACCUAAGCAUCGAGAAGGACAGGGAUUAUCCCUGUUACCAACAUGUCUUCGUCUAGAUGACAUUGGACUACGAGAGUGUGAACGAUAGAUGUUCCUGUCACGUUCGCGGGAAUAACGAGAGCGAGAGUAGGAUCGAGAUCGGCUUCGAGAGUAACGUCCACCCCUAUAAGGAGAACGACUGCGACUGCGACUACUACCACGGUGACCUGCACUAGCAUACUUGCUGCUGCGAUAUGAUUUUCUUCCUCUUGAUACAGAACGACUUCGUGAUCUUGAAUACUCUUUUACUGGUCUAUGAGAUUCUUUACGUUCACGUGAUUUACGUGAUCUUGAAUGUGAACGUGAGUCCCUUAAACCACCGUCUGCAGUUCUUGGUCGUCUAGGACUUGCACUACGGCUACCACUUCGCUGUAAACAAAAUUAUCAUAUAUUUACACAAAACUCUGAUUUUAACUUAUAAAUUAAUAAGAAUUCAUAUUCUUAGCUUGUUGGA